GUCUAAUUUUUGUAAUCCUAUGAUAGAAAAAUUGUUAAAAUGAAUCCUGAAUGUUUUGAACAGCAAAAAUAUCAGUUUGAAAAAUGGUUAAAUCUUAACAACAAGUCAAACAGCUCUGUUUUAUCAGAAUGUGAAUAUACUUCCAUUAUCGAAUAUUUGAAAGAUAAAAAUGAUGGAAAAACUGGAUAUAUUACUUCACGGAAUAUUCAACGAAGAAUCAAGUCAAACAAGUUUAAACUAAUUGAUUACCCACCCUUAGGUUUAAAAGAUAUUUUAUGUGCUCCAACUAAAUGUAAUACAGAGAAUAAUUUGCAAGAAUCAUCGCCAUUUGGAAACUACAGUCGUGUAGCGAGUACUAAAGAUGUUUUUUCUGUUAUUAAUAUUGCACAUUGCCAGAAUGGUCUGCAUCUUGAAGCUUUAAAAACUUAUAAGAAGAUUAUUGAGGGUUAUGCAAACAUUGCAAGAAAAACUGUUGAAAUUUUUAUCAGUUUCUGCCCAACUUGCAAUUUAAAUAAAAGGCAGUUAAAAAAAGCACCAUUACAACCAAUAAUUUCUACUGGUUUUUUGCAACGUCUUCAAAUUGAUUUGAUUGCAAUGGAAUCUAAGCCAGAUAAGGAAUUCAGAUAUAUUGGUCAUGUUAUUGAUCAUUUCAGUAAGUUUCAUAUUUUGUUUCCUAUGAGAAAUAAAACAGCUUUAGAAACAGCAAACAAUCUUAAAAGGUUUGUGCUGAGUUACUUUGGUUUAACAGCAAUUUUGCAUAGUGACAAUGGUAGUGAAUUUGUAAAUGAUGUUAUAAAAUCACUUUUGUUAACAUGGCCUGGGAAAACCCAAAUUGUAAAUGGUUCACCAAGACAUUCUCAAAGUCAAGGUUUAGUUGAACAGGGCAACUUUACCAUAGAGCGAAUAAUAUCUUCUCGUGAAUAUGAUUCUGGUCAAAGUAACUGGUCAGAAUGGUUGGUUGAAAUUCAAUGUAAGUUUAAUGUAAAUUAUUGUUUUUUUUUUAAUGAAAAGCUUAUGCUCAAAGUUAAUCAGUUUUAUUGCCACUACAAUGAUAGAAUUUUUUUAUGUAACAUAUUUUGUUAUCAUUUUGACAAACAAUUUACUGUAAUAAUAUAGA